GAACUAUCUUUGAAUUACAUUGAAAGGAUUAAAUACCUAUAUAAGGAUAAUUAUAUUUAAUUGAAGAUUGCUUAAGGAUCCGAUACAUUUUUAAGGGGUAUCCAUAAAACCUGUGAGAUAGCAGUCUUGGUAAUUGCAAUCGCAGCACCAUCAGUUGGACUCGAUCUCCUGGUUGCAUACAUGCAUCAAAAAGAUUUUGUUUCCCGCUAGCAUUAAUUGAACAAUUUUGCAGAAAACGCGUGUGGCCGGCUAUCUCGUUCUGGCCGAGACAAUUGGUCCGGCACACGCACAUGGCUAAUGAAUGGACACCACUGGCCGGCCAUUGGGACAGGGAGCGGGAGUGGAACUGGUCGUCGGGGCAACCGGCCGCUCGAUUGUGGCCCAUACAAAUUGAGGGGCUAAGAUACACACUCGCUGGACACUCGGACCGUGUUGACGUUGCGCUCGUCGCUGCACAAAAUCGAUAGGUUAAGGAGUGUGUGGUGCUAGCAAUGCAUAUUCAACGUCGAACUUCAUACGUGGUCCGCUUUAGGGAUCAGGCAAUCGAGUAGGGCCACUUAUUCCAUAAAUGCGGCAAGGUGGCGUCCUGCUUUUACACAUGCAUGGGUCUGAUGCGGACUGUGGGAGUCGGGGUCGGUGCCGGCAGCGAUGCCCAAUUGCCGGAGGAGUCGGUAUCCACACUGAACCAUUUGCCCACCUACAGGCAGAUUCCCGGGGCCGGAACGGGUGCAGGAUCGGCGCCAGCCAAGCGGGUGCCCGUCCUCUUCUCCACAAAUCGAGGACUCUAUCUGCGCCUGGCUCAACCACUGGGGGAGCAGAUGGAGGUGCUGACCCUUCAGCCACGCGGACAGAACUACAACAUUAGCUUCUGCGAUCUGGAACGCUGGAGCACCAAUCGCGCCAAUGUUGUCAGUUUGGAGGACACCUUCACCAUCAUGCAGCAGCGCAAUAAAUCGCCGGAAUCCCUCAACUAUCAGCCACGCUUGUGGAAAAACAACGUCAGCUACAGCCUGAUGCACUGAACUGAAAGCACCUCAAGAUACUAAUCCUUAACAAUUCAAUAGCUGUAGAUCGA